GUAGAAGCCAUGACUUACAGACUGUGCUUCUCCUACUGGCUAUUGGUCUGCUGGGUGCUGGUAACUGUGGCAGAAGGACAGAGAGAGGGAGCCACCCCUCCUGGAGGCUCACAAGAUAAUGGAGGUGCUACAGACUGCCAAGUCUUCACACUCACCCCUCCACCCCCCAGGAGGAACCCGGUGACAAGGAUCCAGCUCAUCACAAAGACACUCAAGUAUCCCUUUCAUUCCUUUCCACAACAAGGGCCUAGAGUCCAUAUUAGGUUUCCAAACAGACCUUUCCUUCCUCAGAAGUACAACCACUUAUUUCAGUUUCGUCCAGGUUUUUGGCCACAUGAUUGCUUUACUCCUCAUUAUAAAUAUUUUCCCACACGAAGGCUCUGGAGAGGAAGCUCAUCUGAGGAAAGCAGAGAGAAAAGAGAAGUCCCAAAUAUGCUGAAGCCAAAGAAGCCAAUGCCUCAGAGAAGAUUGCUGCUUUCUUCUUCCAAACUAAAAUGCUUGAACUUGAAGAUGAAGUAUCUUAAACUAGACUAGAAAUUGUUCUUCUUGUCAGCAGAGUUUAUAGGUUAUUCAUGUUUGCAAAAUGGCAGCAAUAAUCGCAUUACUCUUAUCCCCAACUUUUUAAAAUCACAGGAUAUUUGUGCAAAUAAAAUCCUAAAAUAGGUGGUUCCAAGAAUUCCUAUAUAUCCUGAGAGACCAGAAGAAUAAGUCCUCCCUUCUAAAUUAAAGUGAAAAGCAUUUAAAUACAUUGAUAUAGACCAAUGAAGACAUUAAUGACACCCUUUUACUCACUGGAAAACUUACAGAGCAGGACACAUUUACAAAGUGAACUUUAAAGGAAAUUGCAGAAAACUGAAAGUUUUAUUUUAUUCUCUGGCAAUGGUGUAGAUAGUGGUUAUUUAUUCAUUUGGGUCUUUUUAAUUGACAUAACAUUAUAUUAGUUUCAGAUGUUCAAUGUGAUGAUUCCAUAUUUGUAUAUAUUGCAAAAUAAUCACAGUAAAUCUGUUUAACAACUAUUACAGUACAUAGUUAUAAUUUAUUUUCUUAUGAGAACUUUCAAGAUCCAUUCAGUUUUCUAACAACAAAAGAAUUAUAAACAUUAAAGCAAAACAAAGUUAUGGGGAGACUGACUAAUACCUCGAAGGUAUCAUAAACCAAACUACCUAAUUUAAAAAAAAUUUUUUAAUCAUAAAAUCUAAAGUUACAUUAGUAUUGACUUUCUAAGCAACCAGCGCAAAUUAGUUUGUGUUUCUCACUGUUCGUCACGUUAUCAUUGUACGGAUACUAGUUGAGAUUAUAUAGUUCCCUUAAAACUUUCAAUAUGGUUCUAGGCGCACAAGCCUGAUUUAAAGUUUACAUGGAUGUUCUGGUAACUCCAGAGCUCCACAGACAUGAAUUCAUUCAACUAUAGGAACCUGAGGAUGCAACAGAAGUAAGCAAUCCCACUGACUGUGUUCACUGGGUAUCACUGUAGCCAUUCCCUAAACAACUGCCUCCUGUUGGUGCCGCUCACCUUGCCUAUAACAUAAGAACUUGGCUUUUGCAUAUGAUGUCAGUGGUUUACACCAGUUCCUCCCAAGAAUUGCAUGCAAAAGUUGCUGCUGCUGCUUCAACAAAGGAAAAAAGGAACACGGAGACAUGAGGACGCUGGGAGUGUUGUCUGGGAAAUGGAGAGACUCAGAAAACCACCAUGCUGUUCUGCUUUAUGAAAAGAUAAAAAGGAAAAAAAUAGUUUCCUUCACUCACUUCAGAGCAACUUUUCUUAUAUGGACAGAUAUUUGCUUCAAAAGUACAGGCUUAAGUAAAAUCUGGAUUUGAAAUUUCCGCUAAGAAACUGUAGUUUGUAAUAUAUUUGCUUUCUCUCUGAUUAAUGGGGCAUAACCAGAAAAGGGCCAAUCUGGGGACACCUGGGUGGCUCCACUGGUUAAACAGCUGCCUUUGGCACAGGUCAUGAUCCCAGAGUCCUGGGAAAGAGCCAUGGGUGAGAUGGGGGCGGGAGGGGGGCCCUGCUCAGUUGGGAGCCUGCUUUUCCUUCUCCCUCUGCCCCUCCUCCUGCUCAUGUAUGUUCUCUUUCUCUUUCUCUCUCAAAUAAAAUCUUUACAAAAAAAUACGGUGAUGCUAGGGCAUGAACUCCGCACUCCACACCGAGUGCGUUUAAGAGUUUCUCUCCCUGUCCCUCUGCC